UAGCUAGAAAAACCAUGGCUCAAACUCCAUCCAUCCCAAAGUACUUGCAAGAAGAUGACAUCCCUCAAGAAUGCAGAGACCUCAUUCCCUCUCUCCCUCGCGAAGAUGGCUGGGUGGGUAGCUCCCUCCACUUGUACCAAGGCUUCUGGAUCUCCACAAGCCACCUGAAGGGCGUCCUCGCUUGCCAGAGACACUUCCGAGCCCGAGACACUGACAUCCUCCUCAUCACCACCCCGAAGUCCGGCUCCACCUGGCUCAAGGCCCUCCUCUUCGCGCUCCUCAACCGGGCCAAGUUCUCGGGCUCCUCAAAACUGCAGCACCCUCUGCUGCGCCAAAACCCUCACGACCUCCUGCCCUUCCUGGAAUUCCAACUCUACUUCCUGGAAGAUGCUCCCGAUCUCGCCUCUCUCCCGUCCCCAAGGCUCUUCGCCACCCACUUGCCUUAUCAAUCCCUCCCGCAGUCGGUGAGGGACUCCAAGUGCAAGCUGGUGUACCUGUGCAGGAACCCUAAGGACACGUUCAUCUCGCUCUGGCACUUCACCAACAAGGCGAGGCCCAAGGACAAGGGCGACAACUGCCUCCAGGAAUCGCUCGACAAGUUCUGCCGGGGCGUGAGCUUGUGCGGGCCAUACUGGGACCACGUGCUGGGAUACCACAGGGUGAGCUCGGAGAUCCCCGAGAGGGCUUUGUUCUUGAAGUUCGAGGACAUGAAGGAAGAUCCGCACCCUCAGUUGAAGAGGCUGGCUGAGUUCAUGGGGUGUCCGUUCAGUGAAGAAGAGACGAGACAUGGAGCCGUGGAGGAGAUACUGAGGCUGUGUAGCUUCGACAAUUUGAGCGCCCUGGAGGUGAACAAGAGUGGCAAGUUGGCUUCAGGGGAAGAGACGGAAUCCUUCUUCAGGAGAGGCGACGUUGGAGACUGGGUGAAUUUCCUGAACGUUGAGAUGGCCGACAGGAUUGACCAAGUAACGGAAGAGAAGCUGCAUGGUUCUGGGUUGAAGUUUUCGUGCGUAUAGUGCGCACACUCGUUCAAUAAUUUCCGUGGGUUAUGAGUCAGCCCCUUCGAAAUGUUAGGGAAAAAACAGAAAAACAAACGAUUCGUUUG